UUUACUGAUUGUCGAGUCUUUUCCUUGAAGGGAAGAACCCAAAAGGACCGAGCCAGCGGAGGAGUCAAGAGCUGUUGUACCUUCGAGAAUGCUUCGCAUUACUUGGUCCUGCAUUGUCCUUGUAUGCUGUUCGUUCACUCUCCAUGCACUCAAUCUCAAUGCAACUUCUUCUUCCUCUUCUUCUUCUAAAAUCUUGGUCCACCCACAUCAGCAUCCUGAUCCACAAGCUGUAGUUCAUGACGUGAACAGGAGGGUGAACGAAUCCGUCACUAGAAGGCAGCUGCUUGUGGUCCAAGUAAGGGACCAGUGCUUGACGGGCAAUCCAAUAGAUGACUGCUGGCGGUGCGACCCGAACUGGGAAUUGAACCGCGAGCACCUAGCCGACUGCGCGAUUGGGUUCGGCCGUGAGGCCCUGGGAGGGCGGGGCGGCAACGUCUACGUUGUGACAGACCCAUCUGAUCCGGACCCAGAGAACCCGCCCCCUGGCACGCUCCGCUACGGUGUUGUGCAAGCCGGACCCCUCUGGAUCAUCUUCUCUGGAAAUAUGGUAAUCAAACUCAGGUAUGAGCUUCUUAUCAGCAGUUUCAAGACCAUUGAUGGCCGAGGAGCCAACGUGCAUAUAACAGGUCUCGGUUGUUUGAUCAUUUAUGACGUCACCAACAUCAUCAUCCACAAUGUGCACAUUCACCAUUGCAAGCCUUCUGGGAAUGCCAAGAUCCGGAUCAGCCCGACGCAAGUUACCGAGAGGGGAAGAUCAGAUGGCGAUGGGAUAUCCGUCUUAGCAUCAUCAAAAAUUUGGAUUGACCAUUGUUUCCUGUCGUAUUGCACAGACGGUCUGAUCGAUGUCACUGAAGGAUCUACAGCAGUCACAUUAUCCAACAACAUGUUCGCCCACCAUGAUAAGGUGAUGCUGUUGGGUCACAGUGAUGAUUUCACGGCUGACUCAGGGAUGCAAGUGACCGUCGCAUUCAACCACUUUGGCGACGACCUAAAGGAGAGGAUGCCACGGUGCCGGUUCGGGUACUUUCAUGUAGUGAACAAUGACUACACUCAGUGGGGGAUGUAUGCUGUUGGAGGGAGCUCCCAUCCUACCAUUAAUAGUCAGGGGAAUCGGUAUCUCGCGCCGCAGGAUAAUAACAACAAGGAGGUGACAAAGCGAAUGGACACAGAUGAGAGCGAGUGGAGGAAAUGGAAUUGGAGAUCGGAAGGUGAUCUGAUGGUGAAUGGUGCCUUCUUUGUGACCUCUGGUGCAGACAUGAGCCCCCAGUAUGCUGAAGCCUCUAGUAUGUCGCCCCUGUCGGCAAGCUACAUUGAUCAGCUCACUGCGACUGCUGGUGUCUUAGUUGAACAGAGCAGGAGUGACGCCGGGACUGUGACCAAUCCCUCAAGCGGCGGUGGGAUUGUGACGAAUCCUGCUGCUCCCGGGUCAAGCGGUGGUGGGGUUGUGACGAAUCCUGCUGCUCCCGGGUCAAGCGGUGGGACUGUGACGAAUCCCGUGUCAAGUGGCGGAGAUGGAAGCUCUGGCUACCCAGGACAGGGAUCAACUGGAACGAUAACUGGAACUAGCUGUUGGUAUACUGACAACGGCAUCGACUAUGGCUCCAUAUAUAAUAGCGAGGCCAGGACGCCCCUUGUCCCAAUGACCUCGGUCAUCUUAUCUGUCAUAGCCAUUGUAGCAUUCUUACAUCGAACUUGCUCCUAAUGCAACACGCGCUGUAGAAUCUAGAAUAGGUAAUUAUAGUCGAUUCAGUUUUUAAACACGAGAACGGGAAUCCGGCUAAUUGUGGUGAAACGAUUGUGGUAGAGCUUUGAUUUUUUUUUUUUUAGCAUUGGGGACUUACACAACGAUCGUCCUUUGAAAUUGUCAAAGACGGUGGGUAGGAAAAUAUACAGCUUCUAUGAACUGAAA